AUGGCUGACAGAAGGAUAAAAGAUUUUGAGAUGGGGAUGAUCCCAAUUGUGGUCCAAGAAAACAUCUAUUAUUGGUUGAGCCAAUUCCAAUAUGCUAAUAGUCUGAUUCCUCUGGAAAAGGAACUCAUGGAGAUCAUUAUUUCUCCUACACUGCUUGUUGUCUCAUCUGCCUAA